AUGAGCUCCCGCCUCCAAUGCGCACCUACCUACCCCACCUCCCCGAAUCAUCGGGGAACGAGACUGUGGCAACUACAACCCCUGCAGGACAACUGCCAUGCCACACGAAGGAGGCACGAGGGCUGGGAUAUUGCCAGGUCGCCCAAGCCUAGACAGGGGAAGUCGAGUGGCAGAGGUCGGGUUCGAACCACGGACCUUCCGGUCAGUAGAUUCGUGCUCCAUCCACUUGAUCCAUCAGUUAAAACUGAACAUUCAAGCGAGGUGGGCAAUCAAAAAGGACCAGGACGCCGUUAUUUAGUGCGACAAACGGCCACCUCCAUAGGCCACUUCGGUGCCACUAAGCAAAUUUAUUCUGGAAAUUAUCCCACUGGUACUUUAUAG